UAGAUAUAAGUAUUCAAGUCAGUUUUUAAAUAAAACUAAUUUGGAUAGCCUUGUAGCUUUCGUGAAAGAGUACUUAUUUUGAAACAAAACCUAAAGCUAGUAUUUACCCUUUUCAUUGGUUUCUUCUAGCUAUACAAAUUUAAAGCUGCCGUUAAGGAAAGAGACGUCAUCAUAACCCAGCUUAGGGAUAAACUGCAGCAGGCAAACAGAGAAAAGGAGGAUAUAACGAGACAUUUUUCCAAAUUAACCAAACAAAGUAAAAAAUUACAAAAUGAAUUCCAGCAUCUAUACAAAUUUAAAGCUGCCAUUAAAGAGAGAGACGUCAUCAUAACCCAGCUUAGGGAUAAACUGCAGCAGGCAAACAGUGAAAAGGAGGAGAUAAUGAGACACUUUUCCAAAUUAACCGAACAAAGUAAAAAAUUACAAAAUGAAUUCCAGCAUUUGGAAAAGCAAACCAUGAGUCAAAUAGAGAAAAUUAAAUACCAACAGAAGGGAGAAAUAGAGAGAACUUUAAGUCGACAUGGAGCACAAUAUGAAGAACAAUUAACGUUUCUGAGGGCAACCAUCAAUGAACUGCAUAUAAUGCUACGAUACUCUCAUUUUCAAAAACAGAAAUUCAGGGAAGAGCUCCGUUUGACAAAGUUAGAAAAAUGUGCUCUCCAGUAUCAAUGUGAGGUUCUGUCAAAAGAAGUAAGGUCUUUAAAAGACCAGCCAAAGAGGUUCCUCCUCUCCCAAUACCAUACUGGUAUGAGGAGAUAAUUUUCAAAUCAUGACAUCAUGAGGAGAAAGCAUUAGCUGAAUAUUAAAGAGAUUCCAUUUAUAAAUCAA